AUGUUACCAAAAUAAAAUGCAUCUUCUUAUAUUAUGGUUCUUCCAAGUAGUAAUUAAUCUUACAUAUCCACUGAACAGCCAUUUGUUUAAAAGUCUACUGUGUUGCCUGAGUCUAGGAGUAAAAUGAUAAUUCCUUACAAUAUGACUCCAUUAGUGAAGUUGUUUGAACCAAUUAAGACUAAAUUCAUUCCAAGAGAUGCUGUGAAUCAAUCAAUUCAGUACUUCAAUGAACCUGCUGAAUAUUCCUAAGCAGAAAUAGAUUUGCUUGAUUAAUCUCUAGAUAAAUCAAUUUAGUAGCAUCAUUAAGAAAACUACGAUCCUUUACAACCAGUUUAAAUGCCUUAAUAGCCAGACAUUAUCUCAUACCCGUAGUUAUUUGUUGAACCUCCUAUCUUAAUUCCAUACUUUAUGGAUUAUAUCAAUUGGGAUUUGAAUAAAAUGAAGAGCAUAGUCAGAACGGAAGAAGAUGAAACAACUCGGUAUAUGAAUUUUUAUAGAUACUUUAAAUUCAUAACAACUAAAAUUUAGCAUAAAUAUUACACAGCCAAAGGUUUAAUCAAGUUGUUAAUUGAAAAAUAUUAAAUAGUGCAACGUUUGAAUGAACUAUAGAUGGAUUUAAAAUAUCAUCUAGACAAUCAGGUUGGAGAUUUGGCCCAUUAAAGUCUUGAGCAACUCAAGAAGCAUGAAUGGGUUCAACAGGAGUUAGAUUUUGAAAAAUUAAGACAAAAAAUAUAUCAAAUCCGCAGAGAAAGCUUUGAAAUAUUAAUGUUAACAGAACAUGUUGAGGAUUGUGUGUUAUAAGAGACAUCAUUUACAGAUUAACUAAAUUAAUUAAGGGCAGAAUUGGAUCAUUCUUAUGACUUAUUCGAAGAAUAAAUACUAAUCUACAUCUUUCAUGAUGUUGCUGGAGUGGAAGUAUGCAUGAACUAUUUAAUUGAUGAUAUAAUGAAUGAAGAAAUCGAGGAAUUGAAAUUUUUUAAUUCCAUCCCAAACUUCAUCAAAGAUUUAGAUAAUUUUGGAGUAGAAUUAAGACACUUAGUUAAACAUCUGAGAUUGAUUAUCAAAUCUUUGACAGAUAAAACUAAUUAAAAUCUAAUAGAUUUGAAUAAAGCACAUAGAUCUCUGGAAAUAGAGGUUAAAAAGAUAAUUGAACUCUUUAAUGAGAUUCCAGCUAUGGUUACAAAGAUGCAACUCAGCAUAAACUAAGCAAGAAUUAUAUUGUAAAAGAUCAAACUCCCCCAUAAUAAUUAUAGAGCAGAAAACCAAGAAAUCUAUGAUGAAUAUUUGAAAUUGUAGGAGGAAAAUACAAAACUUGAAUAGUUAAUUUAAAGACGUAUCAACAAAGCCGCAAUCAUUAGUCAAGUAUGUGAAGAGUAGAAAAACAUUUUACAAUUUGAAAUAACAUAACUAAAAGAGGACAAUAAGAAUGUGAUUGAACUUUACCAGUUAUUAUAAGGAAUACAAGAGAAGGAAUUUUAAUUGUCUAAAAUUUAAUCAUAAAGAACAGAGAUAUGGUAUUAAAUGAAAUAGGUAAAAUCAGAAGAAAUUUAAUAAUUAAAUCAUAUAGAGUUGAAGUAAUUGGAAUAAAAAUGCAUUAAUAUCAUAGAAUAGAUCACAUCAUAUUUUGGUUAGAAUAGGAUGCCUCAUUAAUUUAUAAGAUUAAAAUUAUGGGCCGAAUCGGAAUUGAUGGCUUUAAAAAUAAAGUUUGAUGUUCCGAAGGUAAACCUUAAUGCUUUGGAUUCCUCUCUAAAAUAAAGAAUCGAGAAACUAGUAAAAUGGGAAUAUAGUGAGGAAUAAAAUGAGGAAUAGAAUGUUUCAUAAUAUAUCUAAUACUUCCACAAUUUGAAUCAAGAUAUAAGUGUAUAGUAGCCUGACAUUGAAUUAGAGUUGGAUAACUAAUUUGAAUUGCUUCAAGACGAUGAGGAAUUACUUCAAUUGAAUGAGACGUAUACGAUUUGGAAGAAUAUGUAGACAGCUGCAAUUUAUUUAAAUGACGAUUAUUUGUAAGGUCUGCUUUCGUCGCAUGACUAAGAUCGUCUGGUAAAGUUCAGGAAAAAUGUGUCUCAUUUGUUUAUAUUCUUUAAGCUGAUGAAACAGGAUUAGUAUGUGGGGUAUGUUGAUGAAGUUGAAUAAUUGGCAGAUCUGCUAAUUCAAGGAAGAAAGUUGGAUGCAAAAUCUUUUAUAAAGUCCUCUAGGUUUAUUCCAAAAAAUUACAGAGAGAAUUUGCUGAGUGCAUUUUGA